UCACAUAGGAGGAAGGUGAUGAGUCAUGAUGGUUCCAGCAAAUGUGUUUUGCAUCCUCUUUUUCUCUACCCUUUUGCUUCUUGUCUUCCCAGCAAAUGGAAAGUGUCCAUCUUCGCUUGAUUGUGGGAACCUUGGCAAAAUCCAUUUCCCUUUCACUGAUUUGAAGCACCCUGAAUGUGGCUUAUUGGUGAUACAUGGUUGUGAUGACCCUUCCCCGGACGCUGUUAAAACCAUUAAGAACAAAGCAACAUGGUUUUAUGUUGAAAAAAUUGACCAGUUUACCAUUGUCAUCAGAGAUAACGAUCUCCAAACUCUCUUGUUGUCCAGAAGAUGUGGGGUCUUCAGUGAAAACUCUACUUUUGACUCUUCUUCUCCUUUCUUUUCUUUUCAAUUCUUGAAUGUUACUUUGUUCACAUGCAACAGUACCCUCAAUGUUACCCUUCCUCCAUCCUUUUCAAAAUCUACACUAUGCCGUGGUGAUGAUAUCUUCUAUGAUACAGAUACUAUGGAGGAUGAGUUUGUCAGUUCCGAAAACUAUUAUCGGUAUUUUACAGCAUGUUCAAUGGUUCGGCUUCCAAUCAGAGAUGCAGGUCUCAUCCCUGAUCCCAAAGGAAACCCCUUUGAUUUUGUAUCAGCUGAGUUUCCUAUCCAAAUACAGAUAUCUCCUGCUUGUUCUUCUUGUUACUAUCUCAGAAGAGGCCAGUGUCAACUUGAUAACCAAGGCAACUUCUUUUGUGCACAAGAUAAAACUAGUAAAAAAGUGAAGAUAUUGGUAGCAGCUGCUUCAGUUGCUGGAGCACUAGGAAUUUUGAUGGUCAUGGCUUGCAUCUUUCGAAGAUAUUAUUGUUAUAAGGAAAAUCCCACCUUGCAAAUGAUUGAGACUUUUCUGAAGCAACAUGGACACCUUUCAGCCAAAAGGUACAGUUAUUUGGAUGUAAAGAAAAUGACCAAUUCAUUCAAAAACAAACUUGGCCAAGGAGGAUUCGGUACUGUAUACAAAGGGAGGUUACACAAUGGAAGUCUUGUGGCAGUGAAGGUUUUAAGUAAAUUACAAGGUGACGGAGAAGAAUUCAUUAAUGAAGUUGCUAGUAUUAGCAUGACUUCUCAUAUUAACAUUGUCAGUUUACUGGGAUUUUGUUUGGAAGGCACCAAAAGAGUUCUCAUAUAUGAGUAUAUGCCUCAUGGAUCUCUUGAAAAGUUCAUAUAUGAAGAGAAAGAUCCUUUAAAGCUCAAUCUAACAUUGAAUUGCAAAACUAUGUACAAUAUUGCAAUUGGUGUUGCUCGAGGAUUGGAGUAUUUGCACAAGGGGUGCAACACUAAAAUCUUGCAUUUUGACAUAAAACCUCACAACAUACUCUUAGAUGAGUUCUUUUGCCCAAAGAUAUCAGAUUUUGGGCUAGCUAAAAUAUGUCCAAGAGAAAAAAGUACUGUAUCAAUGAUGGUUGCAAGGGGAACUGCAGGGUAUAUUGCUCCUGAGGUGUUCUGCAGAAAUUUUGGUGGGGUGUCACAUAAAUCAGAUGUGUAUAGUUAUGGAAUGAUGGUCUUGGAAAUGCUUGGUGCAAGAGAGAAUAUCAAUGACAAAGCUGAUUUUUCAAGUGAAAAGUACUUUCCACAUUGGGUUUACAGCCAUCUUGAAUUGAAUGAAGAGCUUCAAUUGCGAAGUAUAAAAAGCCAAAGUGAUAAAGAAAUGGUGAGAAAAAUGACAAUAGUGAGUUUGUGGUGCAUACAGACUGACCCUUCCAAUAGACCCGCAAUGAGUAAAGUGGUGGAAAUGAUGGAAGGAAGCAUUAGCUCAUUGCAAAUACCACCCAAACCUUUUGUUUCUUCAAUUUCCGCGUCUUCAUCCCUUGAUUCUCAAACAAGUGAGACGUCAUAGUUCUUGAUGGCAUAAAGAUUCAAUCAACUUCAACAUAAUAAAGCUGCAGCUUGCAGCUUCUGUUAGUUUUGGGGUGUGUUUAUUGUAGUGCACUCAUCACUUUUCAUUGCAUUAAAAUCAUUUUAUUUGUUUCUCCACUGGUAUAGGAUCAAUUUUCAGAUGCUUGUUAUACAAAGGA